AUGACUGAUCUCAGUAAUGUGUCUGUGCUCGUUCUUGGUGCAGGUGGUCUGGGCUGCGAGAUUCUCAAGAACCUCGCGAUGCAGGGCAUCCCUAGCAUUCACGUCGUUGAUAUGGAUACCAUUGAACUAACCAACCUGAAUCGGCAGUUUCUGUUCUCAGAAGCAGACAUUGGUAAGUCAAAGGCACAUGUAGCAGCUGAAUUCAUCAACGGCAAGCGGAUCCCAGCUGCUGAUGGGACCGUCGUGCGUGUGACUCCGUAUUUUCAAGAUUUGACACUUUUCGACAAGCGCUUUAUUGCCUCCUUCACGCUCAUAGUAUCGGGACUGGACUCCAUAGAGGCACGGCGUUUUGUCAACACCCAAUUGGUCCAGAUUACCUUGGAGACCAAGUACGAAAAAUGCAUUCCCUUCAUCGAUGGCGGCAGCGAAGGCUGGAAGGGCCAUUGCAAAACCAUAAUCCCGGGUUUCACUGCCUGUUACGAAUGCUCGCUGGGCACGCUACCUUCGAAGGCCGAAUCAUAUCCUCUCUGCACGAUCGCCAACAGUCCGCGCUUGCCCGAGCAUGUCAUCGAGUAUGUGCUGACUGUCCAAUGGCCUCGCGAGUUCCCAGAUCAAGAAUUCGAUGGCGACCAGGAUCCACACCUCAAUUGGAUUAUCGAGCGAUCUAUUCAACGCGCGCGGCUUUUUGGCAUAGAUGAUACGGCCUUAACUCGCGAAUUUGUGGUGGGCGUGGUCAAAAAUAUCAUCCCCAGCGUCGCGUCCACCAAUGCAGUGGUGGCUGCACAAUGUUGCAACGAAGUUACAAAGCUUCUUUACAACAUUUACGACCCAGAGAGCUCCCCGAAUUUUGUAGUUUACAAUGGUGACGACGGCUGUUUCUCUUACAGUUUCACGCACGAAAGGCUGCCGGACUGCCUGAUUUGCGGCGUUCUACAAUAA